AAUUGGCUUAAGGUGGUCUAACGGAAGAAAACCACAACUGAAGACAGGCUGUCACGUUUCGUUUCGUUUUUUUUUUUUUUUUGUAUUUUGGGGGAUCCACUGUGCAAUUUUUAUCAUUUAAUAUCUAAACAAAAAUGAUACGUCACAAAACAUUUGGAUUUCUUCUUAUUUGUUUAACUACACUGUUGGGCUUAAGUAAACAACAGGUUAAGGCCGAUCUAUUUCCGUUGUCAAUUAUACAUAUUAAUGAUUUUCACGCCAGGUUUGAAGCCACCGAUACUGGAGGCGGUACUUGUAAUGAUAAUACAGCUUGUAUAGGCGGUUAUGCACGCACUGUUUAUACAGUUAAGCGUCUAUUGGAAGAACUAAAAGAUACGAAUGCAGUUUAUUUCAAUGCUGGUGAUAGUUUUCAAGGUACUUUGUGGUACAAUAUUGGACGCUGGAAUGUAACCAGUCAGUUUUUAAAUAUGUUGCCAGCUGAUGCAAUGACACUGGGUAAUCACGAAUUCGAUCAUGGUGUAGAAGGCGUUGUCCCCUUUUUGGAGUCACUUAACACCACUAUGCUCGUGGCAAAUAUGUAUUCUACAAAUGAACCUGAAAUGACUGGAAAAUAUCAAAAAUCUAUGAUUAUUGAGAGAAGUAACCGUAAAAUUGGUGUAAUAGGUGUAAUUUUGGAAACAACUUAUGAUUUAGCCAAUACCGGUAAUUUAAUAUUUCGCAAUGAAAGUGUAGCUAUUGUAGAGGAGGCAGAAAAACUUAAGUCCCAAGGUGCCAACAUUAUUAUUGUUAUCUCCCAUUGUGGCUAUGAAGUUGAUAAACUGAUUGCCGAACAUGCCGGUUCAGAAAUUGAUGUCAUUGUUGGUUCUCAUUCGCAUACAUUCCUCUAUACUGGAGAUAAUCCUCCAGGACCUGAUACUCCAAAGGGUGAUUAUCCAACACAAGUUACUCAUGCCUCUGGUCAUCGUGUUUUAAUUGUACAAGCUGGCGCUUAUGCUAAAUAUGUUGGCAAUUUAACGGUUUAUUUCGAUGACGAUGGCAAUGUUGUUGAUUUUGAAGGUGCUCCUAUUUAUAUGUCUAAUAGUGUACCGGAAGACUUUUCAGUUACUGAAGCUUUAAAACCGUGGCGUCAGGAAAUUGAAUCCGUUGGAAAUCGUGUGAUUGGACGUAGUGCAGUAUAUUUGCAACAAAAAGAAUGUUCCACUGGAGAAUGUAAUUUGGGCAAUUUUGUUACGGAUGCAAUGUUACAUGCAUUUCUCGAAGAACAAAACUAUGAUGGUCCUAACUGGAGCAAUAUAACUAUAGCAUUUACAGCACAAAGUCAUUUCCGCGUACCUUUGCAACCAGGAAAUAUAACUUACAAUCACUUGAUAACCAUGUGUCCAUGGGAAAAUGAUAUAUUUGUUGUGACCUUAAAUGGUUCCAUAAUUCGAAAAUUAUUAGAAGAUUGUAUAGCUCCUUUAACAGCAGCUAGUAAUUAUUCUUAUAGAUUUCCACAGUUAUCUGGUUUGAAAGUUGUUUACAACAUUACAAAUCCCGUAGGCCAAAGGGUUCAAGAUCUGAAAGUCCGCUGCCAGGAGUGUGUGGUUCCAAGAUAUGUAAAUUUAGAUUUGGAAAAAGACUAUAAAGUGGUUCUUAUGGAUUAUUUGGCUAACGGUAAAGAUGGUUUUAAUUUAAUUAAAGAAAACGCUAAAGAUUUCAGAAGAGGACCUGGAGACUUAGAUGCCAUAAUGAAAUUUAUUAAAAUUCAUGAUCCUGUUGUAGCCGGUAUUGAAGGUCGCAUAAAAGUUGUAUAUUGAUUUUUUUAAUAUCAUCAAUACUUUAUCAAUUGUAUUUAACAAUGCUUUUCCAAUAAAAAAUUUUAUAAACAAUAUGUCUGCUAAUAAAAGUGAAAAUAAAACAA